AUGCGGUUAAUUCCAUUUGUUCUUUUUUCAUUAGUUCAAGCAGUACUAUGGUAUUGUAAAAAAAUAAACUGUUUUCAUGUAAUAACAAAGCAGUCAAGUAGUUUUUUUCGAAAAUAUAAUAUUCCUUGUAAUCCUAUAAAUAGUAAGAACUUAGUUAAGCGUAGGAGAUGUGAAAAUGAUAAGAAAAAAUUAGAACAUAAUAAAUUGUAUUUUUCACAUUAUGACGAAACAGAGAGAGGUGAGAAAGGUACUUCUAACAUUAACUUAAAGGAUCAGGAGAAAAAUGUCGUAAAUGAUAUACAGGGUGUAUGGAAAUUUUACCUUCCUGUAUUUAUAAUGGAUAAGGAAUUUGAAAUGGAAAAGGGAAAUGAACAUAGUGAAAGCCAGGAAGUGGAUAAUAAAGAAGAAACAGACAAUUCGGAAGAUUUGGAUGAUUUCAAAAUGACUAGCAAAAAGGAUCGAAAAGCAAAAGAUGAAGCAAAUGGAGGAGUACGUGAAGAAAUCUCAGACAGUGAUAACCUUGGCAUUCUAAGAGGAGAACGAAUGCACCCUUUACCUAUGUUUGUGUAUAACUAUGAAGAAAUAGUAUCAGCCUCUAAUACCACUUAUGCUUAUUGGUCUAAUGAACCCCUUGAAAAAAAUAUUUAUCAGUGUACGAUUAAAAUUAUCAACAAAAUGAAUAAUAAAUAUAUGAUUAUAUUACAAGGAUAUUUAUUUAUAUCAAAUAUAAAUGCAAUUAAUGAUAAGAAUAUUCGCUUAAUGCCAUGUCAAAUAUUUGGCAACUUAUUUUUAUCUAAUAAUGAUAGUGUAGAAAAGAAGUCGCUAAUUCCACCUAAUAUGAAACUAUAUGAUAAAAAAGGAAAUGAAGUAAAGGAUAUUUUAUCAAUUUUAGAAAAAAAAUUACCAGAGUUUAGAAAAGAUAAAAAAAAAAUUGAUUCAUUUUUGGGCUUAAGGAAAUGGAAGUUUCUUGGAGUUUCGACUGCCUAUAAAAUAGUAGGAGAAGGAAAAAAUAUAUUUAAUAUAAAUCAUUUUUUAACUGGAAAGGAUGAAAAUAUUUUUUAUAAUGUCAUGGACUUUGAUACAGUUAACACCAAUUAUAAUAAAAAGGGGUUUAUACAUUUGAAAGAAAUAUUUAAUUCUUAUUUUGAAAAGCCUUCCAGUUAUGUUCUUUCCUCCAUCAUGGAAAAUCUACAAGAAAAAUCCGUUAACGGUCCCUUUUAA